UGAAUCACACAUAUUUUUGUAAAAUAAAUAGCCAGUUAGAAGAAGGACUCGGAAUUUGUAUAGCAGCUGAUGUGUAAAGAUGGCCAAGCUCAAUACAAACAAAUAGUGAUCAGUGACGUGCUCAUUUUACGACUGACUCUGUACCUAGGGGGCAAAUGAUAAACAAAUUUAUUUUGUUACAUAUUAAAAAAUGGCUUAUGAUACACGUAAUAUAAAAUAUUCAUCUGAAAUGCACAAUCAUCAACAUAAUCAACCUAAUAUGACUGGAUAUACAUAUUCUGGACAUCCAGUAUCACAUGCUCAACAUACAGAUGAAAAUAGAAAUGAAAAUAAUUGUGGAAAUAAGGAAACAUGUUCUCAAAUAUCUCAUCAAUCUUCGGGUACACAGACUAUUCAAAAAGUAGAUGCAGCAACCAUGACUGAUCCAUUACAAAUAGAUUUUAGACUUACUUCUGAAUAUUUAGCACGAUGUUCUAGUACAUUAGGUUUACCAUAUGUAACUAAAUAUGAAGAAAAUAGCAAUAAUUCAACUCAUAAUUGUCAAGAAAUUCGACCGAAAAUUGAAUUUGAAGUUGAACCACAACAUAUCAAUGGUAUGUUAAUUUAUCAUUGUCCAGAAUGUGCAUAUAGAUUUGAAGACAGAGAAGCAUUACAUGAACAUUUAGAGGAUCAUAGACAACGACCCCACAUCUGUGAUAUUUGUGGUGCAAGUUUAAAACGCAAAGAACAUCUAGAUCGUCAUAAACAAGGACAUAAUAAAGAUAGGCCUUAUCAGUGUAAUAUGUGUUGCAAAGCAUUUAAACGCAAUGAACAUCUUGCACGUCAUAUGAUUAUUCACUCUGGUAGCAAAAAUCAAGUUUGUACAGAAUGUGGCAAAGCUUUUUAUAGAAAGGAUCAUUUAAAAAAACACUUGCAAAGUCAUAAUAGUAGUAGAAAUAAAAAUCUAAAUAGUUCACAAAAUAAUCAAAAUAGUCAUAAUAAUGGCGAUGAAGGAUUAAGUAGUUUUGCAAUGAUGAUGAGACAAACUGGGCCACCUCCGUUUUCUAUUUUAAGAACUUAAUACAUUUUUAUCUUAUUAAAGUUGUUUUAUAAUUUAGGCAAUUUAAAUUUAAGAGAUUGAUACAGCGAGCUUUAUCAGAGACAUUUUCAUGAUAUAACAGAAUAGUUGUUAAUUGUUCU